GAUCGGGUCUCAUAAAAAUCUUACCUAUAAAAAGCGAAAGUAGACACUCCUCCAACGUCAACAACUUUUAUUUUCAUAAUAUCAAAUAAUACGGCAUUUAGAUGGAUGCUCAAGCCCCUGAUCAAAAUGGCUCACAUCAAAAGCCUCUUCACAUAAAAACUCCAGCUAUCUUGAGCACACCUCUGUCCAAAUGCGCUGGAUUACAAGUUUACCUCAAACUAGAAAAUCUGCAAGUUCCAGGGAGCUUCAAGAUUAGGGGAAUCGGAAACUUAUGUCAAAAGGCUGUAUCCAAAGGCUGUAAGAGGGUGGUAUGUGCCUCAGGUGGAAACGGAGGUUUAGCAGCUGCCUAUGCUGCUCGACUUCUCAAUCUCCCAGCAACCAUUGUUCUCCCAACAACUACACCAGAUUUUGUGGCAGAAAAACUGAGAGACCAGGAAGCAACCGUGGAAGUCCAUGGCAGUGUUUGGGAUGAAUCAAAUCAAUAUGCUAUGACUCUUGCCAAAGAUCCAGACUGUCUGUAUGUUCAUCCUUUUGAUCAUCCAGAUGUAUGGGAGGGACAUGAAUCCUUGAUAGUGGAGGUCAAGCAGCAGCUGCCCUGCCCACCUGAUGUUGUGGUGGCUUCAGUAGGUGGUGGGGGACUUUUGUGUGGGGUCAUACAAGGGAUGCAGAGAGUUGGAUGGGGCCACAUCCCCGUGGUGGCAAUGGAGACUGAAGGAGCAGACUGUCUGAAUGUGUCACUGAGAGAAAACAAGGUGGCAACCAUUCCAGCAAUUACAAGUUCUGCAAAAAGCCUUGGUGCUCUUACUCCAUGCACACAAGUGUUUGAAUUAUGCAAGAAGUAUAAAGUUAUAUCAAAGCUUUGUACAGACAAACAAGCAGUUGAUGCUUGUCUGAAAUAUGCAGAUGACCAUCGACAGUUGGUUGAACCCGCAUGUGGUGCCAGUUUGGCUGCUGUCUAUAGUGGCAUCCUCAAUGACCUUCAAGCUCAAGGUCAACUUUGUGAAAUAAAGUCUGCACUAAUUGUCGUCUGUGGGGGUAGUUCAGUGACUCUGGAUGCUCUCAGUAAAUGGAAGAAAGAUUUUGAAUUAUAACAUGAUUUUAGUGGCUUUUAAAUGAACAGGUGUUGGAUUUAGUGAUAUCCUAGAUAUAGUAGUGGUAUCUAUACAUAAUUUGGGUUUUUAUUCUGUGAUAUUUCACCCAGGAGCAGCUACAGUUUAUUUUGAGUUUUAUUUGUGAAUCAGAGUGGGAUAUUUGUUUUGAAUAAAUAUCUUAAAAUGGAA